UUCUAUGAGCGUUACACACACGUUAGUGUGGAGAGGGUGACAGUGCCGCCCGGGGGUCCAUCCACUACGCUGCUGCAUCUUCUCUCAUUUACGCCACUAAAUAGCUGAACCAGACGACGAUGAUGUCCCUGGCAGGACGUAUAGUGGUGGGCACCUGUCUCCUGGCAGCAGUCGCCCUCGCCAACAAGUACUCCGAGGAAGCCAACACCAUUAAAGUACAUUUUGAGAGGAACCCGUAUAGGAUGGCUAAGCUGAAUCUUUUAUGGGAUAAAGCUUUAAAGAGACUGUCUGAAACUAAGUUGAAGUCGCUUUUCUCAGAGCUUAAAGUGCAAGACAAGGAGGAAAUGACUCUGAAAAAACUAAAAGCAGAUGCAUUAGACAAGGAAGGACUAAAAGAAGCAGAACUACGGAAAAAACUAAGAGGAAUAAUGAUAAGAUACAAUUUGAGUGAUGAUCUCCGAGAUAAAUCAGCUGACAGUAAGGAGUCGUAUAUGAACGAGGUGACUGAUCAGAAGAUUCUGAAAGCUAUAUUCAAGGAUAAGAAACUGAACAAGUUAUGGGCUAAAGCUGAAAGUUCUGGAUUUUCAGAUUCCGAGUUGAAGGCUCUUAAAGAGGAGUUCCAACAUCAUCAGGAGAAAAUUGAUGACUACUAUUCUUUAAUCAAUGUUGCCUCUGUCAAGAUGGAGAAGGAGCAGAACAACCUUGAAAAUGAUAUUAAGCGAUUUGAUACCUUACAAGAGUUGGAGGCUUCAGCAAAAUCAUCAAAUGACCCUUCAAACACACUGAGGGAGAAGCACAGAGAGCUGAAGGAUGGCUAUGAUCAUUUACACAAAGUAGCAACAACAGGACCCAAUAGCAAGGAGUUCAUUGAGCCCAAAGUUGCUGGGCUGUGGAAACUGGCAAUCCGGGGUGACUUCACUCAAGAAGAGCUGGAAUCAUUACAUACUGAGCUGAAACACUAUGAACACCGUUUAUUGAAGGUACGGCACAUGACGGGCCAAAUUAAUGUAUUGCAAGAGCGUGCUGGUGAUGACAUUGAGAAGCUCCAGUCUACAGAGGGCCAACGAAUUAUACAAGAACGGCUUGUAAAACAACAGCGAAAGGUAGAAAAAUUACAUGAAGAUCUGGAAAUGAGGAUCCUUCAGAGACAUUUGGAACUAUAACCUAUUACAUCAUUUAUUGGAAUCUCACUAAUUCCUAGUUGGAGGUGAAAUCAAAGUUUUCCAUUUGCUACUCCUUGUAUAUUACAGUGGUUAGAAUAGCUUUUCCCGAGAGUAUAUAUAUACUGUGUGUGUGUGUGUGUGCAUGCCUACAAAAAGUGUUCAACACUGAAUCAGAACAUAAAACUGCUGUGACAUUUUUGCAAAUGUGGCAGAGUGAUUGACACACACACACACACACACACACACAGGUAGAAGCAAAUAUAUGUAGCAGGAGCCCGUAAUGAUUAUUGCAUCAGACAGUCUUGUCAUAGAUACUAAGAGGAGAAGUAGUAGUCUUUUGUUUUCCAUUUUCUAUAGUGUACAAGAAGUUGCAAAUAGAAGAGCUGCCAACAAUUUGGAAGAAAGCCAGUGUAGCGUCAAUAGACAAGGGAGAUAGACACCCCCAAACUAUGGGCCAGUGUCCCUAACUUUCAUAAGAUACAAAGUGAAAAAGAGACUACUAAAUAGCAUACCUGGAAAGAAGAUACUUUAUAAUACUGCUCCAGCACAGGUUUAGGUGUGGUAAAUAUUCUUAUAAACCCGAUUGAAUUCCAUGACCUGGCAACAAAUAGAAAUCAGACAAGACAGAGACUGAUGGGGCAGAUGACAUAUUUAGUGAUUCUCAGAAAGCACAGUAUUCCACAAUAAAAUAGUGCAGUGUAUGAGUUGGAGAAGCAGGCAGGAUUCACAGAAGAUACAGAAACAUCUAAAAAACAAAAGACAGUCAUGUUGAGGGGAGAGAUCCGAGUGAUGACAUGUCAUCGAUAAAGUCCCAAAUGGGUCAGUAUUGGCCUAUCCUAUUCCUGAUAUAUGUAAGUGCUCUUCCAGAGAAGAUAGACUCGUUCCUUUCAAUGUUUGCUGGUGACAAAAUUUGAGCACAUGCCAACAAAUAGCUUCUAGAGUUUAAUUCAAGAGAGGUUACAUAAAUCAAACUGGGUGCAGGGAAAGUGACUGGACUCAAGGUAACAAAUGAGAGAUGAAACUCGGGCAGGGAGGACACUUGGAAUGAUAUCCCACUGAACGUGUCUACCAGUGCCCAGGUGAAAUGGAUAUCAGCAGUGUUUACUAGUUGGUCAACAGAACUGCUUUUAAAAAUCUCAUUAAGAAAUAAUUGAGGACCUUAUAUAAGAAAAUAAGCUAUUAUUUUGGAUGGACAAAGGGGGGUGGACAUGGAAACUACCAAAAUGAGCCACGAACAUUAGAACAAAUUUGUUCAGCGUUUGAGCAGUACACAAAUGGAAUGUACUAUAUGUAAAGUGGUGGUAUCCACAUUUUCAAAUAUACAUAUGAUAGAACUUAUUAAAUUCAGAAACCUGUACACCAGUUAAUUGAAAGUUGAGUAAGACCAACAAGAUAAAGCUCAACUUCUGCAUGCACAAUUAUGUGAGCACAUACAUACUGUUAUUUUUUAACACAUAUAUUCAGGAAGUCUGUUCAGCUAGCUCAUUAUCUAGUUUUUGGAUGAUGUUACUCUGGGUGGUUACUCAGAUUUCAUCCUGGAAAACCCCGGGAAAAUCCAGGAUCAAGGAACCAACCUAGGCCUCACUCUGAACCCUUAAAAAUGCAAAAUAGUCACUUCCAACUUGAAUACCAUAAAUAAAGUAAGUCAUUUUGCCGAAUGCUCAAAUAGUUAAUCCUGAGUCCAGCACACUUUUUGAAGCUUCCCUUGUAUUGAAUGCUGUUGAUGAAAUCCUUGAAAAGAAAAUAGCUGACUUAAAAGAAAAUGAACGACAGGAUUACUGACAUUGAUACUUGUAAUGCAUUUUUACUGCUUUGCCAAGUGCUUAAUCUUUUCCUAGCUAAUCUACUUUUUAAGGUGUUCUUCUCACAAUAGACCCAAGCUAAGUGAGUAUGAUAACUUGCCUAGUUCCAUAUGAGGCCUCAACCUUUCUCUCGACUCUGUGGAAAAAAGCCACUCGUCCUGUCAGACUUAGUGGAUUUUGUCUCUGCAUGGCUUCCCAGAUUGCGGAACCAGCCUUUUAAUCCUCCACAGCAUCUAACCUAAUCAAGGAAAUCCUACCAAAGGCCUUUUGAGAUUUAGCAAUGGUUCAGUAUCCAACCCACAUAUAAUUCAUUCCCGAGUUGGACACUUGUAGUUCCAGUUCCUUGACCAGCUCCAUCGAAAGCUAACAAGUAGUACAGCUGAAACAGCGUCAUGGAAAAUGCAGCUAUAAUCUUGCUCCAGGUCACACAAGCACUUCAUGAUGAUGCUCACAUUACAAGUCCAGUGCUUCCUAUACAGGGGGGAUUUCUUUUUGGUGAUCCCUGUGUUUGCAACAGGCAUGCCCCUCAAACUAAUGGAAAUCUGCCUCACUGCCCAAAUCCCCACAUUAUAUAAGUGUACUUGUGGCAAGACAGAAGCAAAAGAAAAUUGGCUGCAUAGUUUGAAUAGCAAACACCCCCAAGUGAUGGCACAUACGACAGUGAACAGUUGGUAUCAAGAGGAGCUUCACCACUGCCCAGUGCCCAUUAGAGAUAUAACAUGUUUUCUAAUGUUCCAUAAUACUGCUAACACUGUUGGUAUCCAGAUGGAAUUAUAUUACUGUACAUCCAUGGCAGAAUGGUAGGCAGCUGGUGUGGGAGUACACAUACAUAUCCUCCCUAGCUAACACAUUGACUUCACAUAUCAGGCAGACGGAAUUGCCACACACGGGAAAAUUGCAGAGUCAAAUAAGUACAGGAAUCUGGACCACAAAUACAAAUAUUUUUCCCUGUAGGACUAGGGUCUCAAACCCUGGAAGAAAAAAGCCAAAAGAUUCCUCAAAAAUUAGAUUUCCAGGUUCAUAGAAACAAUAAGACCCCAAGAGUAGUCAGCUUCUUGUUCCAGCUCCUUAGCCAGGCACUGCAGUGGUAAAAUGCCCACUGCAUUCUUGGUUCCUGCCUGACAUCCAAGAAUCUCCAAGAGCUUUAUAGCUUGCAAUAUAUCUUAGUGUUCCAUUUUUGUAUUAUAAACCUUAAAAAUGUGGUGGUAGAAGACAAUAUACAGGAGUACACAUAGGUGUCUACAAGGUUCCCUUUGAGUGCCUUUUUAUUCACUUCUCUGAGGUUAAGGGUCCUCACUAAUUCAACCAGAGGUGGUACCACUACUGUAUAUAUAGAUGUGUGUGCACAUACAUGCAUAUAUACUGUAGAGGAGUUUAAUGUUAAGCACUUUCAAAAGUAUGUAUUACAUUCAGUUGCUACUUAAGGCAAGAUCACACUAGUCCAUGUUGAGGAUCAUCCUCUGUUCAGGAAAGUCAGCAUCCCUGCAUGGUCAUAGUGGUGCAAGGAAGACACUGGAAAUAAUAAGUUCAGUUUGGGAUGACCUCUAGAAGGUUCAUUCAUCUACAAAUUAAAGCCUUUCAAUGAGACAUGGAGGCUACCAAGAAAUGCUUUUGCUAUCAUUCAACUUGCUAGGUGUAAUCAACAAAAACAGGAUACCUGUAUUUGAGUCUUCAUAUUUCAAUUUGACUAAUUACCAUGUCAGUUGUUGACAGGCAAAUUCCAUAAUUGAGUUAGACAUUGUUUAUCAUUAGAAGCUUUGGUUACAGUUAGCAGUGGGCUAAUGGUUCUAAUGAGUGCCUAUCAUGUGUAUUUAUUCAAGACAUUAGUGUGUGUUGAUUCUUUCAGGAGCUGGUACCAUCAGUACUGGUUCAGUGAAUAUUCUCAUCUUGAAAUUGCCACAACAUUCGUGGCGCCUUCGAACUUUUUGUCCAGGAUGGGGGUAUAGUAUCUGUGCUGUGCACAGAGUACAUUCAGUUUAAAAUAUCACUUGCAUAUGGAGGGGUGUAUUGAUUUGUGUACCCUCGGAUUACACUUGAUACUUUGUGGUUCUAUCAGAAUUUUUUGUUAUGUAUAGUCAAAGGUUUUCCUCACUCAUCCUCAUCUUAAGCUUUUGACAGUUAGGUUCCAGGAAAAUAUUCCUGGAACAACCGUGGACAUCUUCAAGAGAAAACUAGAUAAUAUUCUUCAAGGAGUGCCGGACUAACCGGGCUGUGGUGGAUAUGUGGGCCUGCAGUCCACUCCAAGCAACAGCCUAGUGGGCCAAGCUCUCACAAGUUAAGCCUGGCCUCAGGCCGGGCUUGGGAAGUAGAAGAACUCUCAAAACCCCAUCAAGCAGGUAUCGAGUAAUCAGGUUAGAACUAACCUAGAACUUGUCUAAAACCCUGGCUCUAAAGCUUCUUCGUACUGAAGUCUGGGGUAGAGGUCCUGUUGUCUUUUUGCUUCAGCAAUUCUUUUGUUUCCUGCUGUUUGGUUGCAGUGGCACAAGUGUGGUGAUUGGCAGAAAAAAACUGCUUAAUGCAGUAAUACACGAUACACGAUAUAUGAGGUUGCUGUUUUUUUCCCCACAAUGGGCAUACUUAAUGUUAGGUGUGCCCUUUGAUUUUAAUUGACCCUUUGUUCUGACAGAUUGUAUGUGGGUACUCGAGUAUUGAAGUUGCCCUCUCUGGAUCGAGCAAGCAGGCCCCACUUGCUUCAUGGAGGUUGCAUUGUGGUGGAGACAUCUGAGGGUAUUUUGUCAGGCUCGAGAUCAAGGAUUCCUGGGCAUCACAGGCAGUGUCUUAUGGGUUAGCCUGAACCUUGUUUUCUCAGAUUCAGCUUCUAUCACAGCUUCUCUUGGUAAAAAAGAACUUCCAAGAAAAGAAUGAUACUCAAAUUGUCAAGGUCAACAUCCAGAUUCAUUAUUCAACAUUUUAAAGGACUCCCAUGGCUGUAGUUUGUCUGUGGAUCGGUGAUCGCAUUGACAGUUCAGAUUUGGUGACAUUCGACAUCUGAUUAUACUAGUGGUUGGCAGUUUAUACAUCUCGCCUGAAUAAUCAUGUGUGGAUCCCACUGCCAUUAUUUUUCUUGCUACCUGCCACACUCUUCAAAUAAAGGUCAUAGCUGACCUGACUUUGCCAACAGUUUUAAUAAAACUUUUCUCCCAUUCCCAGUGACAUCAGAGGAACCCAUAAUUCACCCAAUCAUAUACAAGUAAUGGUAGAAACUGCAUUCUGAUUGGUGUUGUGUGUGGAAAUCUUUCCAUUAUGACAUAUGAGGUGCAAGUUUAGCCAUCUCACAGUUAUAACUGAGAAUAUUCUCUGUUUAGGACAAAAGUUCACUUGCCAGUGUACAAGUAGACUAUUAUUGGCACUGUAAUAAGCUUUCAGAUGCAUUACAAAUAUCUAGAUAAUUAUCCAGGUGGUUUUGGGAGGUGUCUCGUUUUAAUGGAUUCGCUCUGAGACUGAGCAGGGUACUAUGGUGACCUGUUCUGUGUACCAUAUAUACCAGCAGCUUCAUAGUGAUUAAGCCAGGUCAGCUGCAUAUUUUUUCCACAUUGAAGGCAUUCUUCUUGCCAUUGUCCUGUGUAGACAUUUAAGCUCAACCAAAUUGUAUGUCUGCAUACUCAGAACCUUCCUGCUCUGCCAGUGUAUUGUCUUGAGUAGGUCUUCCUCCAGAGCACUUUAGGUAAUUCUAGGCUGGAUUGAGCCUGGAUUCCAGCCUCUAGUACUUUUUCAAGUAGACCAGUAUUGCCCGGCAAGAACAUUAGAAAGCUACUUGCUACCCAAGUGGUGAGUGUUGAUUAUGAUUGUGUACAUGGGACCCAUAUAUUCUUAGGAAGCAAACGAGUGUCUUAAACAGAAGGUAGCUUUUCAUGUGCACUUUUAGCCGGAUAUUUUUUCAUUUAAGCAUUUAAGUGAACAGUAGUAUUGAUUAAUCAUUUGUACAAUUUAUUGUAAUUUAAAAAGGCAUCAUUGCAGUUUUCUUCUUUAAUGAGUGUUACAAGCAGCUUCUUGUGCAAUGAAUAUACACAACAGGUUCUGUUCUAUCUUUCAAUAUUAAGCUCUUAAGAAUUGGUGGGAUAUUUUAUCAUGUAUUUACCCAUAGGUUAGAGAAAUUUAUAUUUACUUUAAUCUGUACAUGAUAGUACAGUUAGUGAAACCCCUCCAAUGUUAUAAGCAAGUAUCAAAUAUUAAAAGAUUUAAAUACA